AUGUUGUACCUUUUGGUUCAAGUUAAUGAAGGCGUUAAAUCUAUUAUUUCUGAAUGUGUAAUGAGUAUAGAGCCUACGAAUAAUCAAUUUUUUGACCUUUUUGACGCAAUUGUAUUAGGACAAUAUAAAUAUGAUAAUAGAGAAGUAAAAGUUUUUAUUAGGUGGGAAAAAUCUGAAGAUUGGCAAGAAGUAGAUAAUGGGUUAGAUGGUGACUUAACCAUGCUAGAAGUUUUAGGUUUUACACAAGUUAAAUUUUGUCUUGUUCCUAAUAUCGAUUUAGAUAAAACAGCUCACACCUUUCAAGCUCUCUUGAGCUUUCUAUUACAUGAUAAACUUAAAGAUGAUUACAUUGAGUUAGAUAAUUAUCUAUUUGAAAAGCCAUUUUAUGAACAUUUUGAUAUUCAACAAUUUCUUCCGAAGAAUGUUAUGAAAUGGUAUCGGUUUAUUAAAGAGUUGCAGCUUACAUUUCCAAUUGGUGUAUAUAG